AAAUGACAAGGUUACUGAAUCUCACAAUAUCCACAUUUCUGAUAUCUUUUGUCACUUCCAAAUUCACACCUGACUUCUCACAAUGGCUUGCGGAUUACUACGGGCCUCAAGUUAGAGAUCAGAUUGAACGAUUGGAUCUUGGACCCGGUGGAUCUUUCGGUGGAAAAAAGAAUCGCAAUGAUACGCUGAAAAAUCAGCCAUUGAUUAUUGUCCACGGAGUAUCGGAUACAGCCGGCGAGAAGCCAUUUUGGGCUGCACAGUGGUUCAGAAAAGAGGGAAAAUACGCAGAGAAUGAGAUUUAUUCAACAACAUAUUUCAACGGAGCACAGGGAAACCCGUUGAAAUGGAUCGAGUACUCGAUGAAGUGUGAAUAUAUUAAGCAGGUUCGAUCUCUAAUUGUGGCUGUCCGCUUGUACACUGGCCGCAACGUUGAUGUGAUCGGUUUCUCGCUUGGUGUUCCGGUGUCAAGAAAAGCAAUUCUUGGAGGCCGUUGCGUCGACACCGGAGAGUACCUUGGAGAACCGCUGACACGUGUCGUUGACACCUACAUCGGAGUAGCUGGACCAAAUCGUGGAGCUUCUCCACAACUCGGACCACUUUCAGUCCCGGCUUGCGCACUCUCUAUCACCCCGAUCUGCAAUUCGGUGAACGGUCUUUACUCUGGAAACUGCCCAGCACAAAGUGAAUUCCUUCAGGACAUCAACAAAUUUGCACAUUAUGAAGGACAAUACACCUACUCAAUUUACACGCAGAAGGACCAAAUGGUUGGAUACACUGUUUGUGGACAGCUAACAUCCCCACUCCCCGGUCAAAAUGGACAACGCGUCUACACUGAUAAAAACCACGAUCAAGUGUUCGACGAUACUCAUGAGGUUCAACUUCGUAUGAUCAGGGAUCAUGUGGUUACCUAAGGAAGUUUUGUGGUGUCCCGUGCCUAGCCUGUUAAAACCCUAUUAAUGAUCUGAAAUUGUUGAAAAUAUUGGAAUUUUAUUAUUUAUGUGUAAGAGAACUAUAAUAAACACGAUUUGAAAUGU